AUGAUGGAAUUAGAUACAUUAAGCGCUGAUAUAUCGAAGGCAUACGACGAUUUACGGACUAUCGAGGAAUCAAUCAUUUCAUUGUCGGGAAAGGAAAGGUUUGGUACGGGCAGGAGACGUAUUCUGGAUUCUAGUGGCCGUCUUGGUAAUUACGGAUUUGAAAGACGCGAUGCACGUGUAGUAAGCUUGGAUUCUUCGGGACCGAAUAAACGUCGUCUAGUUAUAUCUGCUGAAAAUGAUUUAUACGAGGGUUCGGACAAGCGGGCACGAUAUGAUGACAGAGAAGACGAGGCUGUACGACGUACCGUGCAGUCAUCAGUUGUUAUGCCUGCUAUUGAGACAAAAUCACGUAAAGCUGCUAUAUCUGAGCUGAAAGGAGCAGAAAAGAAGGAAGUUAAUGUCAGGAAUCGCCGAAUGUUUUCGAAUUUGUUGCUUGGAACUUUGCAGCGUUUUCAAAUGGAGGAAAAGAAAAUAUCGAAUGUUGAAAAAGUUCAGGCUGAAAAACAAAAGGAAGUUGAAAGGCGUUUAAGGGAAUCUGAAGAAGAAGAACGCGAAAGAUUAGCUAGAGAGAAAGCUGCCCUACUUGUAAAACGACGUGAAAAGGAACGUUUGAUCAAAUCGUUGCAGCGAAGGAAAGCGAUUAUACAAUAUGCAGAGCAAAAACAGGAGCAUUAUCGCAAAUUGCAGAAUUUUAUCCAGACUCAAGCAAAGCCACCUGUAUUUUAUUUGCCCGCAAAACACACAUUACGAACUCUCGAACUACUGAAAGUAUCUUCAAAGAAGAUUGAUGAGCUUAUUGAUCAUCGUCGGCAACAAAUGGAGGCUGAUUUGAAAAUACCAGAAGACAAACAAGUGGAUGAGGGCGAAUCUGAUGGUGAACAUUCUGAAACUUCAGCAGCAAAGCGCUCUACCGCAAAAUCGAACACAACAGAAGCAAAUAAGCCUUCAGAUAGUGAAAUUGGCGACAAAAAGUUGGAUGAUGAUGAAAUUAAGGAAACAGAAAUAGUGGGAGGAGUAUCCAUGGAAUCUUCACUGCAGAACUUCGGAGAAGAAUGUAUGAAUGGCGAUGAAAGAAAAGGGCGAAAACAAGUGGAUGAGGAUGAGCAAGAAACAGGUAAGGAUAAUAGUCGUAGUGACAGUGAGCCACCAGGUGAUGAAGCUGAAAUUGAUCAGGAUGGUGACUUCCAUGACGAUGAUGAUUAA